AUGUCAUCUCCUUAUCCCGGUGCGUUCCCACCGUCCUCCGCUCCAGGCGGAUCACCCAACUCUUCCUCUUUACCUCAAUCGCGAAAUAUCGAUCCGUUAGCUUUUGACAAUGUCCGUGGAUUGGGCGGAACCAUACCCGGUGCUACGGGUCAAGGUGACGAGGGCUCACAAGCUGGUGAAGAUAAUACGGACGGUACUAGGGCAGCUCAAAGGAGAGCUCGAGGAGGUGUAGAUCCUGAAUCUAUACCUAGGGUUAAAGAUGCAACCGGUGAGAAGGUCAUGGAGAGUUUUGCAUUGUUUUUGGAAAACUUCACCGAACAGAUCGCCUUCCCCGAGACACCAGCUUCGUUUCAUGGUCAGAACCCCUUACCAGCUACGGCCGACGAGAGCAAAUUCUACAUCGAGCAGAUCAAAGCUAUGAAGGAGUUCGAGCUCACAACGCUCUACGUCGAUUUUGGUCAUUUGCUAGAACGAGAGGAAGUUUUGGCUCGAGCUAUCCAGUCUCAGUAUUAUCGCUUUCUUCCGUACCUUCGACGAGCAUUACAAACUCUGGUUCGAAAAUACGAGCCCACCUAUCUUUACACUUCCACUUCAUUUUCAUCCACCUCAUCCGCAUCCAGCUCAUCCCUGACUACUCGAGACUUCAAUAUCGCAUUCUACAACCUCCCACUUACUUCUGGUAUACGAGAUCUGCGAAUGGACAGGAUCGGUCAAUUAAUUAGUAUAAGUGGUACCGUUACAAGAACAAGUGAAGUUCGACCUGAGUUGGUCAGCGGUACUUUUGUCUGCGAACAAUGUAACGCUGUGAUCAAGGAUGUGGAACAACAAUUCAAAUACACCGAGCCUAUAUUGUGUCAAAACCAAACGUGUAACAAUCGGACCAACUGGUUAUUGAAUAUUGAACAAUCUAAGUUCUCAGAUUGGCAGAAAGUCAGGAUCCAAGAGAAUGCGAAUGAGAUCCCAACAGGUAGUAUGCCAAGAUCGCUCGAUGUCAUUCUUCGAUCGGAAAUUGUUGAAAGAGCCAAAGCAGGUGAUAAAUGUACUUUCACCGGUACUUUCAUUGUCGUUCCUGAUGUAUCUCAACUCGGUCUUCCCGGUGUGAACGCCCAGAUGAUGAGAGAGAAUCAAGGUGGGCGAGGUGAUGGAGGUGUCGCGAGUCAAGGUGUUACCGGUCUCAAGGCAUUGGGUGUCAGGGAUCUACAAUAUAAGACAGCUUUCUUGUCUUGUAUGGUUCAAGGUGCAGAUGCGAGGGCUGGCGCUACCGAUGUCAGAGGAGAUCUUGAAGAAGGUGAUGAAGAUCAGGAGACAUUCUUAAACUCGCUUACUCAGCAAGAGAUCGAUGAGCUCAAGAAUAUGGUCAAUUCUGACAAUAUCUACCAACGUCUGGUGCAGAGUAUAGCUCCUACCGUUUAUGGCCACGAAAUCGUGAAGAAGGGUAUUCUCCUUCAACUCAUGGGAGGGGUUCACAAACAAACUCAGGAAGGUAUCCAUCUCAGAGGUGAUAUCAACGUUUGUGUGGUUGGUGAUCCAAGUACCAGUAAAUCCCAAUUCCUGAAAUACGUGUGCGGUUUCCUCCCUCGAGCAGUAUACACGUCCGGUAAAGCAUCCUCAGCAGCCGGUCUUACAGCAGCGGUCGUACGAGACGAAGAGUCCGGUGAAUUCACAAUCGAAGCUGGAGCGUUGAUGUUAGCCGACAAUGGUAUCUGUGCAAUUGACGAGUUCGACAAGAUGGAUGUAGCGGAUCAAGUCGCCAUUCACGAAGCGAUGGAACAGCAGACCAUCUCAAUUGCCAAAGCGGGUAUUCAAGCUACACUCAAUGCUAGAACAUCAAUCUUGGCUGCUGCUAACCCGAUCGGAGGGAGAUAUAAUCGAAAGAUGAGUUUGAGAGCGAACGUAGCGAUGUCAGCUCCUAUCAUGUCGAGAUUCGAUCUGUUCUUUGUGGUCUUAGAUGAAUGUAAUGAAAACGUGGAUUUACAUAUUGCUCAACAUAUCGUCAAUGUCCAUCGCUUCAGAGAUGCUGCUAUCGCUCCCGAGUUUAGUACGGAAGCUUUACAAAGGUAUAUCAGAUAUGCUAGAACAUUCAGUCCUAAACUCACCCCCGCUGCGAGCGCUGUGUUAGUGGAAAAGUACAGAUCGUUGAGACAGGAUGAAGGUGGACCUGGGAAGAGUAAUUUCAGAAUUACCGUUAGACAAUUGGAAAGUAUGAUUCGUCUUUCUGAGGCUAUCGCUCGAGCGAACUGUCAAGAUGAGAUCUCCCCUGCGAUCGUACGAGAAGCAUACUCGCUCUUACGACAAUCUAUCAUCCACGUCGAACAGGAUGACAUCUCCUUUGACGAUGAUGAUGCUGUACCUAAUGGAGAUGCUGAUGGAGAUGCUCAAAUGGACGCUGCCGAUGUGGCUGCCCUCGAAGCUGCUGAAUCGAGCUACCAAGCUCAAACUUCUUCUGCUACUGCUCAGGCCCAGGCCGAAUCGAGCUUACAAGGUCAGGUGGCAAGUAGCGGUAAGAAGAAGAUGAGGAUUACAUAUAACCGAUACAUGGAAAUCAUGAAUCUCCUUGUCCUUCAUUUAUCAGAGAUAGAAAGGGAGAACGGUACAGGUGUAGAUAAAGAAGAACUCAUUCAAUGGUAUCUCGAACAGAAAGAAAGCGAAUUCGAAACAGAGGAAGACCUGAAUUACGAGAGGGAAUUGAUUGGAAAGGCCUUAGUGAAAUUGGCUAAAGAUAAUUAUUUGAUGGAAAUUAGAGGUGAUGUUAGAGAUGGGCUGGUUCCUUCUUCUACUACUGGUACUGGCGGAGAAGAGAGUAUGGAAGAGAGUCUGGAAGGUGAAAGUGGAAAAGUAUAUUACCUCGUUCAUCCUCAGGUCGACCUUUCAGACUUAUCUUCAUCCAUCCCUGCGUAA